CAGAAACGUGAGACGGACCUGUUUCUCGACACGCUGGGAGGACCUGGGGGUACGGUGGUCAGGGAAAAUGGCUCACCCUCCCUCACUGACCCCCGCUUCCAUCAGCAGCAACAACAGUUCCAGCAGUUCCAAAACCAGACACCGCGCAUGUCGCCCUAUGAGCUGCAGGAGUACAGCCAGAAACUAGUCUAAUCGUCAUCCUCGUCGCAGCCUUGACCUUGACACCAGCAAGGGCGGGGCCGGGGCUCCAGUCAAGGACGACAGAGGGAAGAACAUGACCCGUAGACCUAUCACGCUGAGUCGGGAUGAUUACGGAGAGUCCAAAAUCCGCGAGGAUAUCCCGGGCAAAGGGAACUUUGACAUCAGUUUCUCGGAUGAGGACGGUCGGCCGUACUACCCAUGGGGUGGCCAGGGGGGCGGGGCACCUAUACGAGAUAGACAGGGCAAUGUGGUCACUCAGAUCUAUGGCAAGCUGGAGGGACGAGACAGUGAGAGCGCAGAAAUUAGACGGGCACGACGUAGGCAGGAAGUCCUCUAUAACGAACUCAAGGAAGGUGAGAGACAGCACAAACAGAGCAAGGAUGAGUUCAACAGAUACCUGAAAGCUCCGAAAAUGAAUUACCAGGAAAAGCCAGUUUCCGAGAAACGUCAACUGCACGAGGACUUGGUCAGGGCGGCAGAUGAGAGGAAGCAGGCGAGGGAACUUGAGAAACUGAAGGAAAAACAAGAGUCAAACGCUCAUUUCAACAACAUGGACCGCCAGUGGGGAGCGUUUGGCGGAGGUGCGCCCAAACAUUCGCAAAUUCGCAAAAAGGCGAACCUGACGAACGCCCUGUUUUAUCCUGACGCCUCGCCUAUCACUGGCCCCAAACUCAUGAUGUUCAAUCCGCCCACUGGACUCGGCUCCUUUGAACAGUCCCCUAUCCCCAGCUACCAGAAGUUGUACGUGGACGGAGAUAGCCGGCAGUACCCACCAACAGACUCCACCCCCCGGUUCGUCAAAUCUACUCUCAACAGCUCCCACAAGAACAUGUUUGACGCGAACCCGGAGUCUAGGCUAGCUCGAGGGAACAGUGUGGAGCCCCCAUACGCCACGGGAGGCAUUUACUGAACCCAGACCCCAAUCUGGACACCCUGACAGUACAGUCCGAAAGUCGUUGCGACUUUUAUCAACAUGAAAGUCCAGAUUUGGCAUGAUUAUUAUUGAAUUUGUUUCCCCAUUUCUUCUUAUUGCUGUUAAAUUCGUUAUCUGUUGUGUCAGUUUGGUCAGGGAAUAUAUCUUUGAUAAAGUAAUACGCUUUUAUUAAAAGUGAAAUUACAAUAAUUUUUUUUUUUAUCUUAUGAUGUUUACUUUUUGUGAUUGUUGAUCCAGCUACACAAAAUCCGAAUAAACAAAAGAGAAUAUAAUUGUUAAUCUCGUGAAAAAGAACUCAGCAUAAUAUGUCAUGGUAGAGAAAAUAGGUUUUCUUAAAUUAUUAUUUUGAGGAUUAUAAGAAUAAUAAUUAUUAUAUAUUGUAGCUAGGGCUAUCUGUCUGUAGUAUGCAUGUUUCUCUUGAUUUUGUUUAUAAUAAGGGGAGGAGGGGGGGGACAAAAAUGUUUAGUCGUCAGAUUAAUAGAUUUUUUUGUUAUGGCAUUAACUUUGCUUUUUUCGAUCUUGGGUGUUUGCAUUUUUUUUUCUUCUAUUAUUUCAAAGUUAAGUACCGCAAAAUGAGUGUAUUGCUGUGUGUCUUGGCUAGGGAGACGCUUGCAAACUUCUAGAAUACUGUGCUAGUUUUGAAUAAUCGUUCUCUCUACGUAAAGCAGGCUCAAAACCGUACCACAGUAAACUGUGCUGAUUCGUAAAAUUCAACCACUCGUCUUUAAAAAUUGUAGAAUUUAUGAAUGUCCAUUCUUGUUCUAGCUUGUCUAUUCCGUCCAACGCCCUAAAACAAUAUUUACGUCAAUGUCUGUACGUUUUAUUUCAAAUCAUGCCGUCCAGAGCAUCUCUGUGAUUUCUGUAAUAGUAUUCAUCAGAGUUUUAUUAUUAUAAAUGUGUUGAAUGUGUCGAUUGUUGUUUCCUUGUCAACAUCGUCUCCUCGUCGUUUGUGUGCGUUCAAACCAAAACCAACAAAUCAAAACUUUCAGUGUGUUGACUUGUCAUAUUUGUGUCUUGUUGUCAAACUAUAAGUAAGCAACAGUUGUGUGUUGAGAGACGACUGAGAGGCAUUAAACAAUGUUUUUGUUGUUUGUUUGUUUUUUCUUUUAACCCAAAAUGGCCGUUCUUUUGUUAAGUACUCCGCACCAAGAAAGUUCAUACAUUUUUAUUUGGUUAUAUAAUUUAUUCGUUCGUUUUUUCUGCACUUUUGAAUAAGUUCAACUUCCAAUUGUUCACAAACCUGGAGCUGUAUCCAUUCCGUCCAACUGACAUGUUUACAAUCAACUCAAGAUCUACCAAUACAUCCAUCUUCACCGUUCCAAAACGUUGCCAUUAAUUUUGUUACUCUUGAUGUCAACACAUGAAUGCACUGAACUAUCCCAGCAGUAUUAACGUGACCGAAACAGUUUUCUUUGUGUUAUUUAUGAUGUGUUGUUUUGUUUGUGUGGGCUUUUUUUCAGU